AUGGCUGAUUCGCAAAGGACGCGGGAGAGUGGGGUUGGCGUGGCUGGCGUGCGGGCUGUGGUGGUGGCUGUGUGCCUUGCCAUCUACACUGCGUGGCUGCUGACCUUUGUGCACCCAGCGGCCAACGCCGCUUCCAUCAUCGACGCUUGGGAGGAGCUGCGGUUGCCGGCGUGGGUGUCGUUGAUCCUGAUCACGUUGACGCUGUACUGGCAAGACCGGUCUCAGAAGCAACAAGAGGCUGCCGCCACUGCUGCUGCAGCAGCAAAGGUGGCACGAGAGCAGGGUGAUGUCGCAGAGGACGACGACGGCGACGACACGACCUGCGCGUGCGGAAAGAGUGCAGACUCCUGCUGUCAAAGCAGUGACGACAAGGCGCAAGCCAAUGGCAAUGACACAGCUACAUGCUGCUCCGACUCCAGCGGUCAAGCAGCUGACACCACGAGUUGCUGCCAGGACAAGGGGAACAGUGAUGCCACGGACUGCUGUCAGGGUCAGGACAAGGGGAGCGACUCGUGCGGUUGUUCUGGGGUCGAGUCACACACGAAGCCCAGUGCUGCAACCAAGGCUACCAACGCCAACAGCGAUGUUCCCGAGCCUGCCACCCUCAACUUCAAGUACGUGGCCAAGAAGCACGCCAACCUCAUUGACAAGGACGCUGGGCUGCGUAUUCUCUACGGCACAGUCACGGGCACGGCCAAGGCGUUUGCUGAGCGGCUUGGGGCGGCUGCAACAGAGCACGGGCUGGCAAACACCGUGGAGACCUUGGAAUCGCUUGAUGUCGAGUCCCUCACGAGCGAGAAGCGUGUGUGCGUGUUUAUCGUGUCGACAUAUGAGCACGGCACCCCUCCAAAGAACGCAGAGUGGUUCUACACAUCUCUCCUUGAUGCAGCAAACGACCACCGUGUCAAGUCGGACCACCUGUCGGGCGUGCGGUUUGCGGUCUUUGGUCUCGGCAACAGCCUCUACCACGACAACUUCAACAAGGUCGCCCGCGAAAUCGACAUUGCUCUCUCCGGUCUCGGGGCCAAGCGCGUGUCGCCGCUGUGCCUUGGCGACGAGAACGUGAGCAAGAGCGCACACGGGGCGCUGGAGAAGGACUACGAUGCGUGGCAGGCGGCUGUCAUCGGUGACAUCGACGCGGGGGACCAGCACUACACGCUUGUGGAUGCAGAGAGCAGGUUUGCCGGCGCGUUUGAUCACGAUGACGAUGACGACGAUGAGGACACCGCUGGUGCCGAUGAAGGCAUGGUGGACAUGGAGGACAUGGGCGACCUUAUCCAGAAGGGCAAGGCGCGCCGGGCGAUGCAGGACAAGGCGGCGAAGGAAGGAAAGCCCCGCGAAAUGAUCACCCCAAACCUCCGCAAGGCGCUGACGAAGCAGGGCUACCGGCUGAUCGGAUCGCACAGCGGCGUGAAGCUCUGUCGCUGGACCAAGUCCAUGCUCAGGGGCAGAGGCGGCUGCUAUAAGCACACGUUCUACGGCAUUGAGAGCCACCGUUGCAUGGAGACCACGCCCAGUCUCGCGUGCGCCAACAAAUGCGUCUUCUGCUGGAGGUACCACACGAACCCCGUGGGCACGGAGUGUCCGGGGGAGAUGGACGAACCGCUUCUGAUUGAUUCGCUGAAGAAGAUUGACCGCCCGCUCUUUCGCGAUUUCUGGGAACGAUUCAUUGAGUCGCUUAAGGCGCUUUCCCUCAAGGGCCAGCGCACGGUGUACCGCUUGACGAUUGUCAAGGCGUGGAACAGCGAUGAGGUUGACGGGUAUGUGAACCUUGUCACGCUCGGCCAACCCGACUUCAUCGAAGUGAAGGGCGUGACCUACUGUGGAUCGUCCAAGGCAUCGUCCCUCACCAUGUCAAACGUCCCUUACCACGACGAGGUUGUUGGGUUUGUGCGUCAAGUGAUUGACCAGCUGCCUGAUUACGAGAUUGUGUGCGAGCACGAGCACUCCAACUCCGUUCUCGCCGUUCACAAAAAGUUCUUCAUCAACGGCCGGUGGCACACGUGGAUCGACUAUGACAAGUUCCUUGAGCUAGCUGCAAGCAACAAGCCCUUCAGUGCUCUCGACUACGUUGCCCCAACACCCGAGUGGGCCAUUGUUGGCCAUCCCCAGCGCGGGUUUGAUCCUGCAGAGGUGCGCCACCGCAGGAAUAAGCCCGUCGACUCGAGCACGUGAGUGUGAGUGUGUGAGAGAGUGUGUAUGUGUACGUGUUGUAUGUGUUUGUGUAUGUUAGCGGGGAACAUGUGUCUUGCUUGGUGUGAAGCAGGUCGUAACGUCGUCAAGAUGACACGUGAGGCGUGAUGUGAUGCAAUGCACUGAACUUCAAGUAAACACACCAUCGUCACAGCUGCUGUGCGCACUUCGUGUCAGUUUUAUUUCUGUUCAUCUAAGCACACUUGGC